GAUCCAGUCUAUACCCAAUAUAUAUUCCAACAUAAUCUCAAUCAGACUGUUGAAUUCUAAAUCAAUACUAACUCCAAAGAUGAUAGCGGCAAGAUUGAAUAUUCACAAUGAUAAUGUGGCUAACCGGACCGUGCACGCUCAAAUACUGAAAAGCUAGAUUAAUCCCCUCUUCACAUGACAACCUUGAAUGCUAGUACAAUUUUAAGGGUCAUCUCUCAGACUCUAACCAGCCAUGAAACAACUGUAAAAUUAUGGAGAAUUUUAUGCUAGCAAUUUCACCAUGUUUAAUUGCCCUUACAGUUUGUGCAUGGAGGGGCCUGAACUCUUUAUGGUUGAGGCCCAAAAAGCUAGAGAAGUGCCUUAGAGCACAGGGUCUUUCCGGGAAUUCAUACACACCAGUCUAUGGAGAUUUUAAAGAAAUGGUUUCGAUGAUUGAAGAAGCUUAUUCCAAGCCAAUCAAUCUUUCUGAUGAUCUCGUACCCCGAGUUAUACCGAUGGUCACCAAAACCAUCAAGAAAUAUGGUAGCAAUUCCUUCAUAUGGCUUGGCCCAUAUCCUGCAGUCAUCAUCCUAGAUUCUGAAUCUAUAAGGGAGAUCAUGGUGAACUAUAAUCUCUUCCAGAAGCCUCACUUUCACCCGCUUGGCAAAUAUCUGAUACAAGGUCUAGUAGCAUCUGAAGGCAAGAAAUGGGCAAAACAUCGAAAGAUAAUCAAUCCUGCUUUCCAUCUAGAGAAGCUCAAGCUGAUGCUACCAGCUUUUCAUUUAUGUGCCACCGAAAUGUUGAGCAAAUGGGAGGAAAGUGUUUCACCAGAAGGAACCUGUGAAUUGGAUGUUUGGCCACACCUGCAGACUUUAACCAGCGAUGCAAUUUCUCGUACAGCAUUUGGUGGUAAUUAUGAGGAAGGAAGAAAGAUCUUUAAGCUUCAAAAAGAACAGGCAGAGCAGGUUAUGACAGCUGUAAAAUCAUUCUAUUUUCCAGGAUCAAGGUUUUUGCCAACUGAGAGGAACAGAAGGAUAAAGGAACUUCAUAAAAAAGUUGGAGCUGCAGUAAGAGAAGUUAUUGAUGAAAGAUUAGAAGCAAUGAAAGCAGGGGAAUCAAGUGAUAACGACUUACUGAGCAUACUAUUGGAGUCUAAUCUUAAAGAGAUUGAACAAAAGGGGGAUAAAAGUUUUGGUUUGAGCAUCAAUGAUGUCAUUGAAGAGUGCAAACUAUUCUAUUUUGCCGGGCAGGAGACAACCUCAUCAUUGCUCGUAUGGACAUUGGUUUUACUGAGCAGGCAUCAGGAGUGGCAAUCCCGAGCUAGGGAAGAGGUUUUGCAAGUUUUUGGGAGAGAUGAGCCAAAUUUCAAUGGCCUUAAUCACCUCAAAGUUGUGACAAUGAUCUUGAACGAAGUUUUAAGACUAUACACUCCACUGCCUGUAAUUGAUCGAACAGUUCAAGGGGAAACUAAAGUAGGAAAAUAUACUUUCCCAUCUGGGGUGCGGCUCAUGUUGCCAAUACUCUUACUGCAUUAUGAUGUCAAAAUAUGGGGUGACGAUUCAGAAAAGUUCAAUCCAGACAGAUUUAGUGAAGGAGUAUCAAAUGCGACAAAAGGCCAAGCUUCAUUCUUCCCCUUCGGUUGGGGACCUCGAAUAUGUAUUGGACAAACCUUUGCUAUGAUUGAAGCAAAAUUGGCUAUGGCAAUGAUUCUCCAGCACUUCUCCUUUGAACUUUCUCCAUCUUAUACUCAUGCUCCUUACACCAUAGUUACAAUUCAACCUCAGCAUGGUGCUCACUUGAUUCUACACAAAUUAUAGCAUGAAGAACUUGUCAAUCCAUACUUGAUUGAUUUUUAUGAGUAACGAUAUGCAAUUGCUCUAUCUUUUUUUCCCAAUCCAUACUUCAUUAUCAAUCCUUAUGCCAAUUGUAACAAAAAGUAAUCUAUCAUUUCUUCUUCUUCAAUGGAUGUAAGGAUCAAGAAUAUGAUUCCAGUGGUGAUCCUUCAUUGAUCUUUAUAUUUGUCUGUGUAUCCGUGUUUCAAUAACUGUACAUGAGUGAGACAUUGUGGGAGUACUCUGAACAGUGAUACCUUUACCUGUUACUUGUGGUUAGGUAAUUCUGCAUCACCAUUCUCCAGAAUCUAUUAUUGAGUCAUUGACAAAUGACAAUGUAAACUUCAUCGAUGCGAAUACUUUUCUGUAUUAGUUUUUAAAAGAACUAUUUUGUAUGUGAAAGACCACUUGCUUCCAAAUAGCAAACCAUCUAAUACUUCCUGGUCUUAAAAAAGAAAAAGACCAUUUCUCAUGACUCACGAUUAUUCUUGAUGUUAGAGGUUGUUAUUAGUCCCCACAUCACAUUUUUACAAGCUGAACCCUAUUCUCCGUUAAACAAGGCACGUGCAACUUGUACUGAAGAAGGUAUAUUGUUGACCAAUUGUGCCAAUGUGUCAUGAGAUACAGCAGGAAAAAUAUCAGUCAACAAAGAUUUAUUAAUAUUGAGAUAUAAAACCUGCUCUAGAUGGUAUGUUUGCAGGCUGAUUUCUGUUUCUGAUACUCAAACUCUGUGAUCAACCAUGAUAGGGUUAACGUGUUGCACCAGAUGGACCAAAGCUGAUAAAUCCUUCUUCCUGCUAAUGAUCCCUGGCACUGGUACAACUGUCUCAGUACUUUCAAAUUCCAUAUACGUCAAAGUGUAAGAGCUCUGUGCCAAUUCAGUCUUACCCCAACCGUUGCUAGUUCCACUGUGUCUGUUAUCAACACAUUUGAAAAGACUAUUUUUGCCUUCAUUACCCAAAGUUUCUCCCUUUUAUUGGGUAGAAUGAUGCCUACGCCUACAAUGCUACUUCCAAAGGCUCCAUAUACUAAUUUUAACCCUUUAGAUAUCAGUUUAUAUGCAUAACCCUAAUAAGUAUUAUGUUCUAAAUCAAGGAUAAAUUACUAGUAACCCCUUAUGGCUUCACUCAUUACCAUAUGUCCCCUAACAUUUUAAAAUUUCUACUUAACCUCACUGUAAUUUUAUGUAAAUCGGAAAUUGAUGAAAAGCAGCCUCCGUUCCGUCAGUAGUUGAAAUUCCAGGAUUACUCUUACUCAAGUACUAAAUAGAACAAAGGUCUCACUACUUCGUAUAAAAUUAUAGUGGCAUUACGUGGAUAUAUGUACAAAACCUUCCUAUAUGAACAUAACCAUAGGAAGGUAAAGUGGAUAUUUGUGCAAAACUAAAGGGGGUUAAGCAGAUAUUAUAAUUUUACCACAUGCAUUUUUGGAUAACCUGUGACAAUUCAGAUUCUCAACAUUCAGCUUCCAGCUUUCUAACAAAGUAUAUUUAACUAGCUCUGAAAGUAUCAAUUCAAAAGCAAUUAAAUACAGUAUACCAAGCUAUUCAGGAUUCUCUGCACGUCCUUGUUUACUAUUUGGAAUACUCAUUUUCAAGUUUGGAGGUUGUCUGGCAGCAUUUUUUUGUACACAGCAUAUAUGGCAUAAUAUCGUGUCAUCUAUGGUAAUGUUUUCAUACUUAAGGUGAUGUUCAACAUUAAUCUAUGUCCAUGUUCUGGUCAUCUCUUCUUGUUUGUUUUGCAUUAAGGGCUAGUUUGGUAGGAAACAUGUGGGUAAUAAAGAACAGAAAAGAAAAGAAACCAUUACGUUUCCCUCCUUGUUAAGUGUU